AUGAAGAAUCUCCUCUUUGCCGUGCUCUUGGCUUGCGUGCUGCUGCUGGCUCGUGGCAGCGUUUUGGAACUGGAGCGGAUGAUCAGGUCGACCACGGGGAAGAGUGCCCUGCUCUCCUACAGCUGGUACGGCUGUUUCUGCGGCAUCGGGGGCAGAGGAACCCCAGUGGACUCCACCGACCUGUGCUGCCAUGCCCACGACUGCUGCUACAGGAAGCUGCGAGAGGGCAAGUGCAGCCCCCUGAUAACCCCCUACUACUUCGACGUCACCGACGGGGACAUCGUCUGCGGUAACGAGCAGAGCUGGUGCAAGAGAGAGACCUGCCUAUGCGACAAGGCGGUGGCUUCGUGCUUCGCCAGCACUUUGCAUUCCUACAAUAAAUCCUACCGCUUCUAUUUCAAGCUGAGAUGCCGAGGAAGUAAGCUCCAGUGCUGAAGAGGAGAAAUCUGCACCCAAGGUUGCAGAUUUUGACUGGUUUUCCCCAUCGCUACGGAAACAAAAGCCUGAUGAGAGGGAGCUG